CCUUUUCACAAACCCUUUUGAGGGAUUUUCUCCUCUUUUCUUCACUCGUCUCUAUCUGGUUUCUGAUUGCGUUUCAGAUUUUUGGAAGGGGUAUUAGAUUUUUGACUCAUGCCAAUUCCAGGAAAUGCUGAGCCUGGUGGAGUUUCCGGGCAGCACCAGGUGCAACAACAUCAGUCUAUUAGUUUUUCCGGUGCUAUUCCGAUUAAGAAGAGAAGAUUUCCGAUCAUCCGGCCAGCAUCUCCUUCCCCAGAAGAAAAGGCUUCCAAAUCCGAGGAUAACAAUUCAAAGAACACACAAGACUCUAAUAUCCGAGAUGAAGGGCUACCCUUGAGUGAGCAUACAGCCUCUCCUGAUAGUUCUGAUGCGAGCAAGACUCCUGCUUCAAUAGUUAAGAAAGAAGAAGUUACUCCGACAAAUUUAGAAUUGGGUCAAGCUAACGUGGAAACUUUUGCAUCUAAGCCUCGGGAGGCAAAACCCAGUGCUAGUUUAGGUCCUGUAGGUGAUUUGAGGAAUACAACUGAUAUCUUGUCGUGUGAGAAAUCUGCAGUACCAGAAGUUCCAGAAAGCCACAUGGGUUGCCAAAAAACAAAUGUGAAGCAGGAAACUGCUAGUGAGCAAAUUGAAGGUGCCCGUACAAGUUCGAUGAAUGUUGAAUUGUCGUUGGGACCAAAAGACCCACCUGAUGUUUCGAAAAAUCAAUCUGGAGCUAUUUGCCAUAAGUCUGAGAAAUCAGAUCCUUCCUUGUUGAGUUUGGCGUUGACCGGACAGAAGCUUGUGCUGCAUGACAAGAAGGAUAGUACUUUUGACAGUGUCAGUGGUCGAGUAUCCGCUAAUCGAUCAAACUGGGAUUUGAACACAACUAUGGAUGCAUGGGAGGGUUCUACCAACAGUGAUGCAUUUGCUCAGAGGCUUGUUGAUAUUGGUGGGGUCAGCAGGACCAAUAAAUGUCACGAUUCGACUUCGUCUUUGACUACAGCUGGUAUAGUAGGUCUCAGUUUAAAUAAAGGAAAAUGUGUUCUGUAUGAUCAUAGAUCCAAUUCUUCUAGUGCGGCUAUACAACCGAGCCAGCAGUGCAAGACUAGUGAUCCCCUUGAUCAGCAGGCCGCGACUGAUGACUCUCUUGGUCUUGGGCUUGCUCUGUCAUAUAGGAACUCGGAUACUAGCAGGGAGCAUUCUGCUUUAUCAGAUCAAGUAGUCUCAAUCAAUGUUAGUCCAAAGGUAAGUUUGCAACAUGUACAGCUAUCAGCUAAGAAUGUGAAUAGGCCUGUGAAAUCCGAACCUGUUGAUGAUAAUUCAAAACGAGACUGUAGCAUAGGUAGUUGUAGUAGCAGCAAUAUAGGGUUAGCAAGGUUUAUUUCUAUCAAAAGGGAACUUGUCAGUAACCACAGCCGGGAAACUGUUCUGUCUUCAUCUAUUGGCCCUGAGAAAUUAGUCGACCAUAUAUCAAUAAAAUCUGAAGAGGGUAACCAGGACUCCUGCAAAUCUAAAGAUGCUAUGCUGCCUAAAUCUGUUGCAAGGGUUAUGCAGCAGCAAGAGAGUUGUGCAUCAUCUGCUCUCCCAGUGCCUUUGAUGCCUCAGAACUCAUGUCCUUCAAGGUUGCCAACUUGUUCAGAGUUGACUACAGCUGGCAAUUUCUCAAAUCAAUCUGAACAUUCUUUUCACAGUAAAGAAUUACAUGACCAGAGCGAUAUAGCUGAUGAGCAUAUGGCUGCUGUGGUUUCUAGACCCUUCAGUCAGGAUGACAAACAAUUAAAGCCAUGCAAGGUAGGGAAUCCAAAUGUUGAAGAUUCUGAAAAGUGCAAACAGGAUCUGGUUAAUGAGCAUAAUCUUGAGGUAGAAGAAUACAGUGAGGUAACUGCAAAUGAUGAAGAAAAGAGAAACAUGUCAGCGGAAAUGCAUGAGAAAGAUUCUAUUGGAUCUGAUUGUGAAUCGCAGGGAAAUCAUGCUGCUGAUGCUUCAACUGAUAUUGGAGAAAACAUCUGUGAGGAGGAUGAAGAAUAUGAGGAUGGUGAGGUCCGAGAGCCACUGCAACAUUCAGCUGAAGAAGAUCCAAUUGUUGAGGGAAAGAAGAGUGAGGAUUUAGAACUUGCUGGUUGUGAUUCUAGUAAUACGCAGCCUUUUGUUCUUUCAGGUGACCAGAACCUCCCUGUAUGUGAUCUUGAAGGAAAAGAAGUUGUAAAGGAAAAUUUUGAUGAAACAUAUAGUGACUCAAUUAAAGAUUGUGGCAGUAUUAGUUAUGAGCCUAACAGUGAAGAUAACUCUUUGCAAAAGCUAUCAGACAAAGUGUUAGAAGUAGGAGUUGAUAAGAAGAGAUCCGUCAGUGUGACUCCAGAGAAACCACUUGAUAUUUCAGGAAGAAAAGAUGUUACAGAGGGUCCUGAAAAAGAAGUCUCUGGUUGUGGACCAACUACUGGAAGCCAUGGGACAGAUAUUGAACUAGGUGAUGAGGUGACUGAUAAAAAUGUCAAAGAAAUCUGCUCAGGAGAGAAUGAUUCAACUUUGUCCAAGGUGGAAGCAUCUUUAAAUGAUCAUGAUGCUGCUAAAGAUUCCAACAAUACAGGCAAUAAGAGCCGUAUCAUAAAUUUAUCUCGUGCGUCUGUUGUGGCAAAUCCUUGUAAGUCAAGGUCUAUAUCGAACAGGUUGUUGACAUCACGAAGUGGGAAAGAGAGAUACCCUGAUAUUGAUGAAGAGAUACAACCACGAGGGAAUAGAGAUGAAAUAUAUACUGGUGGUUCUAACAAAUUUGCAAAAGAUAGGAUCCAUGAUCAUUCAUUGAGGAACUCAAGGCCGAAUUUCAUGCUUGGAAAGGGGAGGAUAUCUGGCCGGUUUGGCUCGUUACGUAGUGAAUGGGAUUCCGAUCAUCACUUUGCAUCUGAAACUUAUAAUGGUCCAUCUGAUUAUAGGGUUGUCAGGCGUAAACAUGGGUCUUCCAUUUCUGAUGUUGAACUUGAAUGCAAUGACUAUGGUGUUGCACAAGAUGGUCCUCCUUUGGGUAGUAAUAGAAGGAAGGCAAUGAAUGAUGAAUUUCCUUCAUUACGACGGACAUCUUUAAGGAGGGUCUCACCUGGAGAGAGAGAUAGUCCUGUAACAAGGGGUAUGCAUAUGCUUCGCAGAAUUCCUAGAAAUAUGAGCCCAAGUCGUUGCACUGUCGAGGAUGGUCCUGACUUGAUAGGACCUCGGCACGGGGAUAAGUAUCUGCGACAUAUAUCUGAUGAUGUCAUUGAUCCUGUUUACAGUCGUUCCCAAACUUUAUAUGAUGAACUUGAUGGUCAACUUAUCCGAGGGAACAGGAAUUUCUCUACCCUCCACAGAAAGGGUUAUCCUCGAAUUCGUUCCAAAUCUCCUGUUAGAUCCCGAACACGGUCACCUGGUCCAUGGUCAUCUCCUCGGAGGAGAUCUCCGAAUGGGCUGGCAGAGUUAUCUCAGCAUAGGUCUCCAGCUUUGUAUAGGAUGGGAAGGAUGAGAUCUCCUGAACGUUCUUGUUUCCGUGAAGAAAUGGUCGCUAGAAGGCGUGGAUCUCCUUCCUAUGUUGCACGGCAUCCUAAUGACUUAAGGGAUGUGGAUUCUGGACGAGAGCAUGUCCUCCAUCCUAGGUCUGCCAAUUCUAAUAGGAGAACCUCACCUUCACGAGUUUUUCCAAGAAGCGCCAGGAGAGGGGAUGCAUUAGAUUCUCGGGAGGUUGGAGAUAGUGAUGAGUAUAUCAAUGGGCCUUCACAUUCCAAUAAGUUCCAUGAGCUUCGUGGUGAUGGAAGCAUUGAUGAGAGAAGAAAGUUCAUUGAGAGAAGGGGACCUCUUCGUCCAUUUCGACCUACUUAUAACAGUGAGAAUGACAAUUUCCGCUUUCAUCUGAAUGAUGGCCCCAGGCCUUACAGAUUCUGUUCUGACGCAGAUACAGAGUUCAUCGAGAGAAAUAAUAUGCGAGAGAGGGAGUUUGACGGACGCAUAAAGCACCAACCCUUGGUCGUAUCGAGGCGAAUAAGAAAUAUAGAAGAGCAGCAAGAUGGGGACUACAGACAUGUGGAACGGGUCUGGCAUGAUGACGGGUUCGCUGAUGCCAGAAUGAAAAGAAGAAGAUUCUAAAAUCUGGAUACAGCAGCGCCCAACAUUAUGUAAAAACUAAGUACGCCUCAAGGUUGCUGAAGCGUUGAUUGAAAAUCAUGCUUUUGUGGCCUUCCGAAAAGGCGAUUCUCUCUGGAGUCCCAAAGAAAAACAGAAGGCGACUUAAAAUCAGAUGCUUGAGCAAUCAGUUUGAAGGGCUUGAGUGAUUUUCUUGAAUGAAAAAUUAUUUGCUGCUUUGAUGUGCUUAUUGGGUCUCCUGAAAGGCAAAAUGGUUACUUGAGUGACAAAUUGUUUCCUGCUUUGACGUGGUUGAUGGGUUUUCUUGAAAAGAUAGGGAAAUGCAGAAGGUUAUGAGUAUGCAGGGAGGAGUUGUUUUCGGGCAAUCUGUAAAAACAGCCUGAAGCAAAGUGAUAUGUUUGAUGUAUGUUGUCUUGGUCCAUCUCUGCGUGUCUUGGACAUAUCCUGAACGCCCAAACGACGCCGUGCUCUAGGUAUAUAUUCUGAUAAAUAAUUCAAUUAACUUUGGUGCA